CAAAAGCUCGUUCCCAUUCUCCGCUGCUGUGCAGCCAACGGUUGGGUGCAGGAGACCCAAGAUUCCUCAUUUGCUUUAAACAGAUGUUCGCGCACUUUCAUCAAAGGUCACGCAGGUCGGAGACUGAACCUUUCUACGCCUGGGUUUAUGUCAUUAGUCGGAACCAUGCCAUGUUGGGUAACGGAAUCGGAUUGGAAACUCUCGCGUUCUCCAGCGCAGACUGCUUUCCAGAUCGCGUUCAAGACUCCCUUGCAACGAUUCUCCUGGGUCAUACAAAAUCCACAGGGCCUUAUUCCAUUGGCGGAUCAUAUCCAAGUCCUUGGUGACAUGUCUACGCUGAGUAUUGUGGCAGACUACUCAUGGGAACAACUGGAAACGCCCAUCAUUGUUGAUUGUGGAGGAGGAGAGGGCGGUCUAAUUUCGGCCAUCCUAGACGCGCAUCCUUCCUUCCAAGCCAUCGUGCAAGACAUGGAGAAUGUUGUCGCACUGACAAGUUCGAUUAUGAAGGAACGCCGCCCUCGUGAUAUAGAAAGUGGUACACUCAAGGUGGAAGCCCACGAUCUUUUCCAGUCUCAACCACGGAUCGGAAACGAGUAUAGUUUUAUCUUGCGUCAUAUACUGCAUGAUUGGCCUGACGAAGAAGCGGCCGCAAUAUUGGGCAACGUAGCUCGCGCACUGGGCCCCAAGUCCAAAAUACUCAUCAUCGACAUGGUAGCUAUCCCGAACGUAGACUCGACUGCUACAACGAGUGCCAAAUUAUUCUUACCGGACGGCGAUGAUAAACACCCCGACUAUUGUGUUCCAUCGCACUUUGGUUCAGCGUCCAAACUAGUCAGCGGGUACUCAGUGCAUAUGCUAUCCAUGAUGAACGGUUGCGAGAGGUCUUUGCGUGAGUGGGAGAACCUUGUUAAAGGGUGCGGGCUCCGCAUUACGAAGGUUUACUCGCUGCGAGCUCACACUUCCGUUAUUGAGUGUGCACUUGACGCACAAGGGUUGUUGUAACAACAGAGAAUUUUGGAUCCCAUAGUGAUGACAAUUUU